AAUCGUUCAAUUGUUACAUGUCCGUUUCGGUCAUUGUUAAUCAUCAAAAUCAAUCAAUCAAAAUGGCUAAAUAUUUGAAAAUUCUUUCAUUAUUGAACAUUAUUUUAUUGUUGAUUUUAUGUUUUGAUGUGAAAUCAAAUUCGGCACAGAUUUAUCGUCAAACAUCGGACGGUUUUAAUGUUGAUGUUGGUGAUUUUGUCAAUCUAAAUUAUGGCCGUCGAAGUGGUAGUCGUAGUGGUCGUGGACGCGGUCUUGAUCUAAGAGCAUUAAGUGGUCUGGUCAAUUUCGAUCUUGAUCGACGUGGAAUUGGACGACGUCCAAAUAUUAAUGUCGAUGCAUUUGGUUUGGGUCGAUAAUCAAUUCGAAUCUUGAAAUUUAAAAUUGACGACAAAAUUGGAAAAAAAUCAACUUUAUCAACAAUCUUUUAAAAAAUCUUUUUAAAAAAAUAUCUAAUCAA